AUGUCAUCAAGACUAUCUCACGAUUUCCCAUCGUCCAACUACGCACCUAACAAUCGACAGUCAUCAUAUACCAACCCCUACAACGACGCACCACCACGUAAUUCGCUGUACUACGAAGACGGAGAAGAUGCCGAUGAGCCAUUUGACGUCAGGGCAGAUUUCGACGGAGUAGGACCGAAAUGGAGUGAGAGGAAUGGCGCGAAGAAGGAAGGUAGUGUUAGGAGCGGUGGAGCAUUGGGAAUGGGUAUGAUGGACGAUGCGAUAUAUAGACCUGUAUCUACGCAUGUAGCCUCUUCUGCAUAUGGCGAUAGCAAUAAGGGCGCGGCAAGUAGGGAGGAGAUGGUAUCGGUACCGAUGCUGGGGCCAGAAUGGCAGAAAUCAGAAUUACACGAACUGUCGCGCCGUGGUCAAGCUGAACUCCGAGGUGAUAAACGCAGUAAAGCAUGGAAGGAGUGGACGAGGGAUCAAAGGGGAUUAUGCGGUAUAAGGUGGUUGACCAGGAAGGUAUUGGUUUUUAUCAUAUUUGCAUUCUUAGCAGCCCUAGGGAUAACGCUCUUCUUCGUCAUACCCCGAGUACCGAACUUUGAAUUUUACAAAGAAUCACCAUUUACAGUUGAUAAUUCGACCGUAUCGUUCAAUAGAGUACCUACUAAUUUCUCUUUUGCUGGGACUCUCAAUUUAUACGGCGACGGAUCAGGCUCAUACCUCCCCAUUCACUUUACAUCCCUUCAAGCUACAUUGUACGACGAGACGACCAACAAAGCUAUUGCGGAAGGAGAUUGGGGUAGUCAUUAUAUGGAUCAUAAAGAUCAACAACCCGUACAGCUUCCUGUGAAGUUCGAGUAUAGCGCGUUGAAUACUUCGGAUACUACUUGGAAUGACAUGUAUCAAGCUUGUGGACAUAAAUGGACGGGAACGACUAGACCAGAUCUCAAACUCCGUCUCGUACUCAAGAUGGCAAUUGUAGGAUUGACGAAUAAACCCGAGAUAUCUACCCAAAUUAGUGACGUGGAAUGUCCGUUUGAGCUCGGUACAAAUAGUGUAUAA